AUGUUUCUGUCCUGCUACUUACAGAAAGAUUGGUACUGGGGCCCUAUUUCAUAUGAGCAGGCUGCCCUGAUACUCAAAGACAAAGAGGAUGGCUCCUUCCUUGUCCGGGACAGCUCUGAUCAAAAGUACUUGCUGAGCCUGAGCUUUAAGUCACUUGGGGAGGUUCAUCACACAAGAAUUGAACACGCAAAAGGUACUUGUGAUCAUAGAAAUACCUGCGUUCAGGUUGAAGCAUUGAGAAAUAUACAAAGGGAUUGGAGAAACCUAAAGGGCAAUACAAGAAAGUGGAAGUUUUGGACAAAAACCCUUGGACAGCAGAAAUAGUUAAGACAGAGGCAAACGCUCUUACCUUGCCCACUUUGUAUAUUUCUUAUUUUGAUAACAGUUUUUUUUUAUUAGCCUUCGCAUCGAAUUGAAGAAAAAUCAAUUCAGAAAAGUCAUUUCAGUAAAUGUAAAUUCCUUUUGCUUGAGUACAGGUCUGUUCAGUUUUUGGUCCCAGCCAGAAUCCCACGGUAAAGCCAGAAUUUGUGAGUUCAUUGAGAAGUCCAUACAGAACUCAAAAGAUGGUAGAUUUCUUUACUUUCUUCGACCCAGCGCAAGAGGCACACCCCCUCUCCCCAUUCGCCUGCUGUUUCCAGUGCCAAGAAAUUUUAGAGUUGCAACUCUUAAACAUUUAUCAAGGUGA